AUGGAUGGCUUCGAUAAUAACGCCAGGCCUUACUUGGCUCUGAUGCCUACCGAAAUACAAACAAAAAUAUGUACAUACCUCCCAACCGCCAGCCUUGCAAACUUGGCAAUGACAUGUCGCACCAUCCAUGGCAGCGCUCAUAGGGUCCUAUAUCUGCGAAAUGCCGCAGAGGAGAACUCGUCGGCAGUUAAAUAUGCGAUCCUCGUCUCCGCAAAAAAGUACAAAGAAAGGGCCGCAUUGGACAUUAUUGACAUGGCCAUUUCCCAUGGGGCACAGCUGGACUUUAUCCAUCCAGAUCCUACCCAACCCCAGACAUAUGCAACUGCGCUUCACAUGGCGGCCGCCUUGGGCUACUGCUCGAUCGUCAAGCGACUGCUUGAACAAAAUGCCUGUGUGACGCUACCGAGUCGGAAUCUCUGGAACAUGAUCCCAUUAGAUUCGUGUGAGUGGGAUCGGAUCGUCAAGAGAGCCGCGCCUUGCCUCACAAGCACGCGCUCAUGGUGUGACAGAAAGGUCAAGGCUGAUCUUACCCGUGUCGCAUGGCUGCCCUUAUUUGUUCCUUUCCUACGCAAGAACAAAGAGAUUCUUAGACUUCUAUUACCCCGUGUUCCAGAUUGCCGUCUUACCCUUGAUUUUCAAGGCCAGGGUUGUGGUGCUCUUACAGCACUUCAUGUCAUUUCGGCAAUGGAGAACCCAGACGAGAACCUUUUAAAGAAAGUGUUACAACUUUCAACGAGCCUGAUAAACGAGAAACUCCCUGGUGAUGCUGGAAGUGCAUUGCAUGUCGCACUAAGACAAGGAAAUGCAUCCAUGUUCCAGAUGCUUAUGGAUAAGGGGGCUGAUUUGAAUCUGCAAACCCACUGUCUUGGAUAUACUCCGAUUCACAUGGCGAUAAUUCGCUGUUAUGAAGCUGACACGCCUGAACGCAAGGUCUAUCAAAGUUUCAUUGAGCUUCUUGUGAACAAGGGGGCAGACUUGGACAAGGCGACGCUGUUCGAAGGCUUCACGCCGUUGAUGACUUUGGUUGGGGCCGCGGAGUGGGACUGGAAGCUCUCAUAUCGUAACAUGAAGCAGCUUGUAGACUUAUUUCUCGCCAAAGGGUGCCGCGUCAACCAUAUGGCGCCCGGCAGAGAGACAUUUGUCUAUCUUCUCAUUGAGAGAAUAAUUGAAAAGAAAGGGAAUCCUUCUCUCGAGGCUCUGUUAAGAGAUGUUGUUGAUAAAGGGGCCAACCUAAACCAUCAACUCCCAAAUGGCAAAUCCAUUGCCAAGGCAUACGUGAUUGAUUCUGAAAGAUGCCCCAGACUCGCAAAGCUUCUUAUCGAGAAAGGGGCUAGAAUUUAUGAUGAGGAGGUCGACAGUGUGUUCCUCAGUUGUUUCAAGAAUCCUCGAGUGUACAAGCUUUAUCAGAUGAUAAAGGACAAAAAAUCACUGGUUUCACAAGACGCCAUCGAUGAAGCCUAUCUAUAUGCGGUCAAAAGUAAGAGCCAAAAAUUGGUGGAUGAGCUUCGCGAUACCUGGAGCUUUUCUCCAUCCAACCUUGACACCCUUGUUUGGCGCGCACUCCAAGACCCAAAACAAACAUUGAUGAACUUCGUGCUCGGGCUGGACUUCAACGCCAGCACAACCCGCCGAGAUUCUGGAAGUUACUUACACUUGAUCGUGCGACAGCUAGCCAAAGACGGCUACACGGAAAAAGUGGCGAUAAAUAAUGUCAAGGCACUCAUUGAAAAGGGAAUGAGUGUGCUGGAGAAAGACGGAGAGGGCAAAACAGCCAUGCAGAGGCUUAGAGAAUCAGACAAAGAGCUGAAGCAGGUGACUGAUAAACUUCGUUUGCUGCUUCUCGACCAAAAGGACAGAGAGCUCGGGGAAUACUGA